UGCAAAUUAAAUUGGAGAUAAUGGAGCAUAAAAUAUUGGAUUAGGUUUGAGUAAGUGUACUUAACUUACAAAUUUAGAAUUAGUAUUAGGGUAAAAUCAAAUUGGGAAUGAUGGAGCUUCUACUAUUGGUACAGCACUUGGUAACUGCAAAUUGCUAACUAAUCUCAAAUUUUACAUUGGUUCAAAUUAAAUUGGAGAUAGUGGAGCAUAAAAUAUUGGAUUAGGUUUAAGUAAGUGUACUUAGCUUACUAAUUUAGAAUUUAGCAUAUA